CAAUCCCCACGUACGCCAAACACUCAGCUUACAUAGCCAAAUGAGAUACGUCUUUCCACUGAUCUCUUCUCCUCUAAGAGACUGUGGCUAGAUAGUAAUUGAGGUUUGUCUCAUCUUUGUCUGUCCUGUCAUUUCAUCAUGGAAGAAAUUGAUGCAGAAUGUUACAACCGUAACAUUGAGGAGCUUCGCCACCGCGAGUAUCCUAUGCUUCAAGGCUCUACUUACCUUGAUCAUGCGGGAACUACACUGUACGCCAAAUCACUCAUCGAGCGCUUCUCCGCCGAUAUGAUAAGCAAUCUCUACGGGAAUCCUCAUUCGGCUUCGAACUCUUCUCAACUGACAACGCGGCGCAUCGAAGAUAUCCGUCUACGACUGCUAACUCUCUUCAAUGCUGAUCCAGAAGCUUUCGACGUUGUAUUUGUGGCUAACGCUACUGCCGGCAUCAAGCUUGUCGUCGAAGCUUUCAGGGAUUCUGAGCAGGGCUUCUGGUAUGGCUAUCACCGUGAUGCACACACCAGCUUGAUCGGAGUGAGAGAAGUAGCGACUGAGAAUCGAUGCUUUGCGUCAGAUGAUGAGGUCGAAACUUGGAUUACCGAGCCCGUAACCUCAACUAUUCCCCAACUAUUCGCUUAUCCCGCACAAUCUAACAUGAACGGGCGUCGGCUGCCCCUGUCAUGGAUAGAGCGUAUCCGCUCAAGACGAGGGGAUGCGACGUACACGCUUUUGGACGCUGCAGCUCUAGUCUCGACUACGCCUCUUGAUCUUAGCACACCUGAUUACUCCCCAGACUUCACCGUAUUGAGCCUCUACAAAAUGUUUGGAUUCCCAGAUCUAGGCGCGCUGAUCGUGAAGAAAUCGGCAGCUUCUGUCUUUGACAGGCGCCGAUAUUUUGGCGGGGGAACGGUAGAGAUGGUUGUUUGCCUCCAGGAGCAAUGGCACGUAUCUAAGUCGGACACAAUCCACGAACGACUCGAAGAUGGGACGUUGCCACUACACAGUAUCCUUGCACUGGACCAUGCCAUGACUGUUCAUCAAGAACUUUUCGGAUCGCUCAAAGCUACCUCACAACACACAGCAUAUCUUGCCGCCAAACUUCACGAGGGGUUACGCAGUCUGAAGCACGGAAAUGGCAUGGAGUUGUGCCAGAUAUACAAAGAGCCAACAUCCACCUAUGGUAACGCCGAGACCCAGGGGCCAAUAGUCGCUUUCAAUCUUCGCAAUCACCUCGGCGCGUGGGUCAGCAAUGCGGAGGUUGAGAAGAUUGCCGCUGUGAAAGACUUUCACAUCCGGACUGGCGGUCUUUGCAAUCCGGGCGGGAUAGCAAAGUACCUUCAGUUGGCGCCAUGGGAGAUGAAAGAGAAUUUCUCUGCCGGUCAACGGUGUGGCAACGACAAUGAUAUCAUGCGUGCGAGGCCGACCGGCAUGAUUCGGGUCAGCCUGGGUGCAAUGAGCACUCUUCAGGAUGUGGUAUCAUUUAUUGACUUUCUGAAAGACUUCUUCAUACAAGACACGCCACGACUGCUAGCUCCGUCCCUCACACCUCUUCUUGUGGAGCCAGCGGCACAAGGCAGCAUGCAUGUAGAAAGUUUAGCGAUCUAUCCAUUGAAAAGCUGUGCCGCAUGGCAUGUGCCGCACGGUCAAAGGUGGGAGAUUCGACCAGAAGGACUUGCCUGGGAUCGUGAGUGGUGCCUCGUCCAUCAGGGCACAGGAGCGGCAUUGAGCCAGAAGCGCUAUCCAAAAAUGGCUCUCAUUCGACCAAGUAUUGAUCUGGUCAAAGGAGUCUUACGUGUGCGGUUGGAUGGCUCGUUGCAAAACGAAGCGGUAGCAAAGGAGAUAACCGUGCCUUUAUCGGCCAACCCAAGGCUGUUCUCGGAUCAAGCUGUAUAUCGACACUCCGAUGCUAAGGUCUGUGGUGACCGUAUAAGGGCAAACACUUACAAGUCUGCUGAGAUCACAUCCUUCUUCACACAAGCACUGGGAGUCGCUUGCCAUCUGGCUCGCUUCCCACCUGUCGGGAAUGGGGUGAGCUCCAUAGCUUCGUCAAGACAUUCCAAGGCCCAUCUGCAGAAGCAACGAAAAAUUAGCAAUCUGCAUGUACCCGGCGCUUUCCCUGAUGCAGGCUCGUUGGCGCCCAUCACGGCGGCUCCAAAUCCAAUUUUGUUAUCGAAUGAGAGUCCCAUACUUACUAUUUCGAGAUCGAGUCUCAAUCGUCUCAAUGAGCAGAUCAAGCUUGAGGGCGGCAAGGCCGUACCAGCAGAAGUAUUCCGGGCAAAUAUAGUUAUUGCAGAGAGCCUCGAUUGUCCACCAGGAGCAGAGCAGCCGUAUGCGGAGGACGACUGGCGCUAUAUGCAGAUUGGUGACGAGCUUUUUGAAGUACUUGGCCCGUGUCGGAGAUGUCAAAUGGUCUGCAUCAAUCAACAAACUGCUGAACGAAACCAAGAACCAUUCGUCACGCUGUCAAAAACACGCCGAUUUGACGGAAGGGUAUACUUUGGCAGUCAUACUAGCCAUCUACCCCAAGAGAAGCCGAUGGGAAUGAUUCAGAAUCCCACCAUCAUGGUUGGAGACCCUGUUCGCGCCGUCGAAGACGUUGCGGCGGUUGAAGACUAACAUUACACACUCUUUGCUGGGCUAACGCUGUAUAUCCAUCUAUUUUGGUGUCAACGGUUUCAGUGCGAAUGCUCUAAAGAUAGUUGUUGAUUGACUGUGGGGGAGCAGGAUGCCGUGCCUCAUCGCGUUAUCGUGCGUCUAGAAAAUUUCCGUAGCACACUGCAUGCGAGAUACCGCAAUAAUUGGCUGUUUGGGAACCUACUACUCGAUCGCCCUGCAGAAACACGCGACGGUAUAGAGGGAAG